ACACCGGAGCGAGACAUGAAGUGCGCUAACCAUGUCCUCCUUUUGGCUUCUCUGCUUGGCCUGGCUACAUGUCUUUUCCAAAAAUACUACAUCUCAAUAAGGAAAAAAGCGUCCUGGCUCACAGCACAGAAUUAUUGCCGGACAAAUUACGUAGAUCUGGUCACCUUUCAGACAGAAGCAGAGUUCAUUAGCUUCCUUUCAGUUAUGUCGCCGUAUCUUGUUUCCCGAAGCUGGAUCGGUAUUUACAACGCUCCGAAUGAGAAUCAGUUCACGCAGUGGUCAGAUGGAAGUCCGGUAAAUUACACCUACUGGCAAUAUGGUGGGCCGAGCAACUUAAACAGUAGUCACUGCGGAUUGAUCCUACCAACAUAUGAAUGGUCCACUUCUGUUUGCUCGGAACAACUGUAUUUCUUAUGCUACUCAUGGUAUCCCGAUAUCGUCCCGGUGCAGGAGUUAAAGACCUGGGAAGAGGCACUGGUGCACUGUCGUAAAAGCUACACCGACCUCGUGAGCUUGACGACAAAGAACGAUUUUAUUGCCGUAAACAGGAGCUUGAAGAAUCAAACGAUGAGUGUGUGGACGGGACUGCGCUUUAUGAACCGCUUGUGGUUCUGGGUGAACCAGGAACCUUUGGGAGGACUGUUCCAGCAGCCCUCGUGCCCUGCUCAGCCUUUUCGAUGCGGAGCUCUAGUACCUGGGAGUGGGGUCUUGGAGAACAGAGACUGCAUGGAGAAGAGGAAUUUCGUUUGUUACAUCUACUCAUAAGUCACUCAAUGCCUUAAUAUCAGCGUUGGAUAUAGCAAUCAGUGACACUCUUUUGAAUGAAUGGAUGAUAAUGAUGAUGAUGAUGAUGAUGGUGGUAGUGGUGGUAAUGCUAAAUACAGCAAAAAUGCCAAAUUUGCUCCUGUAAAAGUGAAGAAUUAGACUUAGGAUGAGAUGGAAAAGAAUAGAAGGAGAUUAUUUUUACAAUAAAUAAUCAAACUAAUGUUUUGUGAAUAUAUAUAUAAAGAGAGAGAGAUUUUUUUUCUUCUUCUUCAGUAGAUGUUACUAUGACAUUACUAUGAUUCAUAUCUUUGGUAACUUUGAACACCUUUCUUUAACUUUUCCUUUCCUUUGUUUAAUUAGAAUUGUAAUUCUCCUGCAUUACAUUAUAUUACAUUACAAUAAAUGAUGCAUCUUAACCACACAAUAGCUCAUACUUUUACAUUUCCAGGUUGACAUUUCAGGUUCUCGCUGAACUGCAGUGCUAUUUUAUUUUAUUUUUUUCAUAUUUGGAUUCAUGAAUAUUUGAUUUGGAGUCUGUGUGUGGUAAACAAGUUACAAAAAAAAGGAAUCAAUAUUUAAUUUUUUAAA